AUGUCGAGAUACCUCCUCCUUCUCUCUCUAGCCAUCUCCUCAGUCUUAUCCCAGAAAUCAUCUUCUUCCGAAUCACUACUCACAAUCCAAACUUCACCUCCCACUCCUAUAUCAUCCUCUUCCGCACCUCAAUCAAGCGGCAGCAAUGGCAUCAGCGGUAGUACAAGUAUAGUGGAAACCGCCUCAGCUGCUUCUCCCAAUCCCAGUUCCAGUUCCAGUUCUUCCACAAGUAGCUUUCCAGGGAAUUGCUCCGGAGAAUGUCAAGAUAUAUCAAGUGCUUUAGCUUCUUGCGGUGCAGGAGAUUCAUUAAAUACAACUUGUCUAUGUACUCCCCUGGUAGAAGCCAAUUACGUUACCUGUCUUCAAUGUGGAUUGAGUCUGAAUCCCAGUGAAGAUGAAAGCGUCGUCUAUCAAGGUAUAUUGGAUUCAUACAUAAAUCAAUGUGCAUCAGCACCUUUAUCUCCCAUUUCAUUACCCAACGUGACUAUCACACUACCAUCUUCAGCAUCUUCAUCCACAUCAUCCGGCUCGACUUCGGGUACGGGUUCAAUCUCAGGUUCAGGAUCAAUCUCUACUUCCAUCUCGAGUUCUACCUCCCUGUCUGAUACGUUGACAUAUCCCUCUUCGUCUAUAUCUAGAGGUCCUAUUACUUCGACCAUCGCUGCUUCUGCUUCGAGCACACCCAGCUCAUCCAGUACGACUGGUUCUGGGAACUCCGGCUCAUCAAGAAAGGUAGAUAAUGGAUUCACGUCGAUUGGUCUGGCUGGGGUUGUCGGUGUAGUCAUUGCUGCUGCUGCUAUCUGA